UUCGGGACAGAAGAGCUCUUCAAAGAUGACUCAACCAAGGGAGGUGACAAUAAGGACGUGGAUGACAGCAGCGUGAUCCACUACGAUGACGCUGCUAUCUCUAAGCUUCUGGACCGCAACCAGGAUGCGACCGAUGACACGGAGCUGCAGAACAUGAAUGAGUAUCUCAGCUCCUUCAAGGUGGCCCAGUAUGUUGUGAGAGAAGAGGAUGGUGAGGAGGUGGAACGCGAGAUCAUCAAGCAAGAGGAGAACGUGGACCCCGACUACUGGGAGAAGCUGCUGCGGCACCACUAUGAGCAGCAGCAGGAAGAUCUGGCCAGGAACCUGGGGAAGGGGAAGAGAAUCCGCAAGCAGGUCAACUACAAUGACGCCUCGCAGGAGGACCAAGAGUGGCAGGACGAGCUCUCUGACAACCAGUCGGAGUAUUCCAUCGGCUCCGAGGAUGAGGAUGAAGACUUUGAAGAGAGGCCAGAAGGCGGCAGAAGACAAUCCCGGAGGCAGCUGAAGAGUGACCGGGACAAGCCUCUCCCUCCUUUGCUGGCGAGAGUUGGGGGGAACAUCGAGGUUCUGGGCUUCAACGCCCGGCAGCGCAAGGCUUUCCUGAAUGCCAUCAUGCGCUGGGGCAUGCCGCCCCAGGACGCCUUCAACUCCCACUGGCUGGUCCGUGGGCCGAGGGGGGCUGAGGUCCAGCUUUCCUCCCGCAGGGCGUACGUCUCUCUUUUCAUGAGACAUCUGUGUGAACCUGGGGCAGACGCACGUGGUGCCGAGACCUUUGCGGACGGCGUUCCCCGGGAGGGACUGUCACGCCAGCACGUGCUGACUCGCAUUGGAGUCAUGUCGCUAGUAAGGAAGAAGGUCCAGGAGUUCGAGCAUGUCAACGGGAAGUACAGCACCCUGGAUCUGAUCCUCGAGGGCCCGGACAGCAAGAAAUGCAGCGAGAUUGUGUCUUCAGAUCCCAACACCCCAGUCCCAGCCAGCCCAGCCCCGCUGCAGACGGGCCCGGUGGCCCUGGCAGAUAAAACAGAAACACAGCUUGGGUUCCAGGAGGAAAAGGACCAAGCGGAGCAGAAGCCCAGGAAGGUGUCGGACAGCUGGGUGCCUGCAAGGGCCGAGAAGGUGGAAGGGGAAGAGUACCCCGAGAGCUGUGACAGCAAGGAGAAACCGCAGGAGGAGAAGCAAGAGGAGAACAGAAAGGCUGAGCCUCCCCUCGAGCCCCCAAAUCAAUGUGUUCCUCCAGAUGUCUCAAGGAAGAGGGAGAACUCUGUUUUCUUGAUAAAAUGCAGAAGAUUCUACGAGGGGAUCCAAGAGAAGGAGAAGCCUUUGGAGAGCCCAGAGGGGAACAGCAGCCCUGGGAAAGGGGAGGACCAAGGAGUCAAACCAG